UGUUUUCAAAAUUCAAAUGAAAUAUUUGAUAAAUUUUAUGAUGGUUUUCUUAAAACAUAUUAAAACUUCAUAUACUCGACGUAAAAUAGAAAAUUCAAAAAGAAAUGGUUUGCGACAUACUAUUUUCAGCCCCCGAAGUAAAAGUUAUUAUAUAGGUGAAUGGAAAAAUGACAUAAAAGAAGGUAGAGGUAGAGAAGUGAACAGAGAUGGUUGGAUAUACGAUGGUAGUUGGCUUAAUAAUAAAAAACAUGGUUGUGGUAUUUUAAGCAAAAUUUCAAAAGAAGAUCAUAAAAUUCGCCGAUAUUAUAUUGGCGAAUGGGUAGCUGGAGCAAAACAAGGAUUUGGAUAUAAUUGGUUCGAAGAUGGUAGUUAUUAUGAAGGUGAUUUUUGUCGAAAUAAACGACAUGGCUAUGGUCGUAUAUGGUAUUGUAAUGGAGAUUAUUAUGAGGGAGCUUGGAAAAAUGAUCUUUAUCAUGGUUUAGGAAUAUUCAUUAAAGAUAAUGGCAAUAAAUACGAAGGUCAAUUUGUUAAAGGCAAGAAAGAAGGUUACGGCACAUUUUAUCAUAUAAUUACUGGUCAAGAGCAGCAUGGUUUUUGGAUAAGCGAUUUAUUUAUAAAUGGCACUAUGUUGGAUGCAGAUUUUCGACAAUGUGCAUCUCAUCCGACGCCAUAUCCUAUUCCACAAAUUAAAUUGAUAUCGCAUAUCAAGAAUUCUCAAGAUAUUUCUGAAAUCAAAGAUCAAAAGAAAGAAUUACCUUAUACUGAAGGUUUGUGUAGAAAGAUAUCAAAGCGUAUAAUCGCAAAUAUAUGUGUAUCUAGAAAUACAUGUUCUUGUUUAAAUUCUGUUUUAUAAAUAAAUAUAUUUAUU